AUGGAAUUCAAGUCGUUCCUGCGUACUGUAAGACAAAGAUUAGCUGCGUCACUACAAUAUUGUUACGAACUAGCAAAGACUGAAAGCCAUGGCCACCCAACUUGCGGACGUUUUAUUUCCCUGCGGGCAUGCACGACAUCCCGGCUGUUGCUAUCGCUUCUUCUGAUGGCAGUCGCAGCAGCAGCAAAAUCGGGAUCGGGAUCGGCAGCAGCAGCAGGAGCGGCAGCAGGAGCAGGAGCUGGAGCAGGAGCAGGAGCAGCAGGAGGAGCAGCAGUGACACGGAGAGCAGGAACAGAACCAGGGACAAGGACAGAAUCGGGCACAGCAGCAGCAGGAGCAGGAGCAGGAGCAGGAGUAGCAGGAGCAGGAGCAGGAGCAACAGGAUUAGCAGCAGCAGUAGGACCCGGAGCAGCAGGGGGAGCAGGAGUACGUGAAGGAGCAAGGCCAGAGGCAGCAGGCAUAGCAGCUGUCGCACCAACCUUCGGCUUGGCGGCGACCCCAGCAGAGGCGGCAGCCGCGGGACUGCCCCCCUUAGCUGAGUCCUCUGGUGCCCUUCGGCAGCAGCAGCGACAGCACAACCGCGACCACAUCUAUCAUCAGCAUCGGGGGCUGCUCGCCAAUAGCAGCACCUGUCUUAACUGCACCACCCUUACCAGCUGCAUUUCCAUAAGCUGCACAGGCACUAACACCGGGACGGCGGCCCGUUCGGUGACCGUGGACAUGAGUGCCUGCAAGAGCAAUGGCGGGACCUUCGGCUGGGUGUGCUGCCGCAGCAGCCAGUGCGUCCCAACAGGGUGCGGUCCGGCAGGUACCAUAACGGACUUCGGCAAGUGUGAGGGCGCGACGUUCUUUUCCUACUACAUCCCUGUCAGCUUCACCUUACUCCCGCUGCAGGUUUAUGACACACAAAUCACGGGCAAUUUGAAUUGUUCCGGAAUCGGCCUGGGUGCGGGCCAGUGCUGUGGACUCUCCGAUAGCCCCUGUUCCAGCAGUGACAUCGGAAGUGGGGUCUGUGGAGUCAUGGUCGAUUUGUCCGCCAUAUCUACCUGCCGGUUGAACCCUCCCCCGCCGCCGAGCCCGCAGCCACCGUCGCCAGAGCCUUCACCACCUAGCCCAGGACUGCCGCUGCAGCCACCCAGCCCACAGCCGUCACAAGCGCUGCCGUCGCCGCCAAGCCCUGCAACCCCACCACAGCCGCCGAGCCCGCAGCCACCGUCGCCAGAGCCUUCACCACCUAGCCCAGGACUGCCGCUGCAGCCACCCAGCCCACAGCCGUCACAAGCGCUGCCGUCGCCGCCAAGCCCUGCAACCCCACCACAGCCGCUGAGCCCGCAGCCACCGUCGCCAGAGCCUUCACCACCUAGCCCAGGACUGCCGCUGCAGCCACCCAGCCCACAGCCAACACCAGCGCUGCCGUCGCCGCCAAGCCCUGCAACCCCACCACAGCCGCCGAGCCCGCAGCCACCGUCGCCAGAGCCUUCACCACCUAGCCCAGGACUGCCGCUGCAGCCACCCAGCCCACAGCCGUCACAAGCGCUGCCGUCGCCGCCAAGCCCUGCAACCCCACCACAGCCGCCGAGCCCGCAGCCACCGUCGCCAGAGCCUUCACCACCUAGCCCAGGACUGCCGCUGCAGCCACCCAGCCCACAGCCGUCACCGCGCUGCCGUCGCCGCCAAGCCCUGCAACCCCACCACAGCCGCCGAGCCCGCAGCCACCGUCGCCAGAGCCUUCACCACCUAGCCCAGGACAGCCGCUGCAGCCACCCAGCCCACAGCCGUCACCAGCGCUGCCGUCGCCGCCAAGCCCUGCAACCCCACCACAGCCGCCGAGCCCGCAGCCACCGUCGCCAGAGCCUUCACCACCUAGCCCAGGACUGCCGCUGCAGCCACCCAGCCCACAGCCGUCACCGCGCUGCCGUCGCCGCCAAGCCCUGCAACCCCACCACAGCCGCCGAGCCCGCAGCCACCCCGCCGAGCCCGCAGCCACCGUCGCCAGAGCCUUCACCACCUAGCCCAGGACUGCCGCUGCAGCCACCCAGCCCACAGCCGUCACAAGCGCUGCCGUCGCCGCCAAGCCCUGCAACCCCACCACAGCCGCCGAGCCCGCAGCCACCGUCGCCAGAGCCUUCACCACCUAGCCCAGGACUGCCGCUGCAGCCACCCAGCCCACAGCCAACACCGGCGCUGCCGUCGCCGCCAAGCCCUGCAACCCCACCACAGCCGCCGAGCCCGCAGCCACCGUCGCCAGAGCCUUCACCACCUAGCCCAGGACUGCCGCUGCAGCCACCCAGCCCACAGCCAACACCGGCGCUGCCGUCGCCGCCAAGCCCUGCAACCCCACCACAGCCGCCGAGCCCGCAGCCACCGUCGCCAGAGCCUUCACCACCUAGCCCAGGACUGCCGCUGCAGCCACCCAGCCCACAGCCAUCACCGGCGCUGCCGUCGCCGCCAAGCCCUGCAACCCCACCACAGCCGCCGAGCCCGCAGCCACCGUCGCCAGAGCCUUCACCACCUAGCCCAGGACUGCCGCUGCAGCCACCCAGCCCACAGCCGUCACCGGCGCUGCCGUCGCCGCCAAGCCCUGCAACCCCACCACAGCCGCCGAGCCCGCAGCCACCGUCGCCAGAGCCUUCACCACCUAGCCCAGGACUGCCGCUGCAGCCACCCAGCCCACAGCCGUCACCGGCGCUGCCGUCGCCGCCAAGCCCUGCAACCCCACCACAGCCGCCGAGCCCGCAGCCACCGUCGCCAGAGCCUUCACCACCUAGCCCAGGACUGCCGCUGCAGCCACCCAGCGCACAGCCAACACCGGCGCUGCCGUCGCCGCCAAGCCCUGCAACCCCACCACAGCCGCCGAGCCCGCAGCCACCGUCGCCAGAGCCUUCACCACCUAGCCCAGGACUGCCGCUGCAGCCACCCAGCCCACAGCCAACACCGGCGCUGCCGUCGCCGCCAAGCCCUGCAACCCCACCACAGCCGCCGAGCCCGCAGCCACCGUCGCUAGAGCCUUCACCACCUAGCCCAGGACUGCCGCUGCAGCCACCCAGCCCACAGCCGUCACCGGCGCUGCCGUCGCCGCCAAGCCCUGCAACCCCACCACAGCCGCCGAGCCCGCAGCCACCGUCGCCAGAGCCUUCACCACCUAGCCCAGGACUGCCGCUGCAGCCACCCAGCCCACAGCCAACACCGUCGCUGCCGUCGCCGCCAAGCCCUGCAACCCCACCACAGCCGCCGAGCCCGCAGCCACCGUCGCCAGAGCCUUCACCACCUAGCCCAGGACUGCCGCUGCAGCCACCCAGCCCACAGCCGUCACCGGCGCUGCCGUCGCCGCCAAGCCCUGCAACCCCACCACAGCCGCCGAGCCCGCAGCCACCGUCGCCAGCGCCUUCACCACCUAGCCCAGGACUGCCGCUGCAGCCACCCAGCCCACAGCCAUCACCGUCGCUGCCGUCGCCGCCAAGCCCUGCAACCCCACCACAGCCGCCGAGCCCGCAGCCACCGUCGCCAGAGCCUUCACCACCUAGCCCAGGACUGCCGCUGCAGCCACCCAGCCCACAGCCAACACCGGCGCUUGCCGUCGCCGCCAAGCCCUGCAACCCCACCACAGCCGCCGAGCCCGCAGCCACCCCGCCGAGCCCGCAGCCACCGUCGCCAGAGCCUUCACCACCUAGCCCAGGACUGCCGCUGCAGCCACCCAGCCCACAGCCAACACCGGCGCUGCCGUCGCCGCCAAGCCCUGCAACCCCACCACAGCCGCCGAGCCCGCAGCCACCGUCGCCAGCGCCUUCACCACCUAGCCCAGGACUGCCGCUGCAGCCACCCAGCCCACAGCCAACACCGGCGCUGCCGUCGCCGCCAAGCCCUGCAACCCCACCACAGCCGCCGAGCCCGCAGCCACCGUCGCCAGAGCCUUCACCACCUAGCCCAGGACUGCCGCUGCAGCCACCCAGCCCACAGCCAACACCGUCGCUGCCGCCGCCGCCAAGCCCUGCAACCCCACCACAGCCGCCGAGCCCGCAGCCACCGUCGCCAGAGCCUUCACCACCUAGCCCAGGACUGCCGCUGCAGCCACCCAGCCCACAGCCGAACACCGUCGCUGCCGCCGCCGCCAAGCCCUGCAACCCCACCACAGCCGCCGAGCCCGCAGCCACCCCACCGUCGCCAGAGCCUUCACCACCUAGCCCAGGACUGCCGCUGCAGCCACCCAGCCCACAGCCGUCACCGUCGCUGCCGCCGCCGCCAAGCCCUGCAACCCCACCACAGCCGCCGAGCCCGCAGCCACCGUCGCCAGAGCCUUCACCACCUAGCCCAGGACUGCCGCUGCAGCCACCCAGCCCACAGCCAACACCGUCGGUGCCGUCGCCGCCAAGCCCUGCAACCCCACCACAGCCGCCGAGCCCGCAGCCACCGUCGCCAGAGCCUUCACCACCUAGCCCAGGACAGCCGCUGCAGCCACCCAGCCCACAGCCGUCACCGUCGCUGCCGUCGCCGCCAAGCCCUGCAACCCCACCACAGCCGCCGAGCCCGCAGCCACCGUCGCCAGAGCCUUCACCACCUAGCCCAGGACAGCCGCUGCAGCCACCCAGCCCACAGCCGUCACCGUCGCUGCCGUCGCCGCCAAGCCCUGCAACCCCACCACAGCCGCCGAGCCCGCAGCCACCGUCGCCAGAGCCUUCACCACCUAGCCCAGGACAGCCGCUGCAGCCACCCAGCCCACAGCCAACACCGUCGCUGCCGUCGCCGCCAAGCCCUGCAACCCCACCACAGCCGCCGAGCCCGCAGCCACCGUCGCCAGAGCCUUCACCACCUAGCCCAGGACUGCCGCUGCAGCCACCCAGCCCACAGCCGUCACCGGCGUUGCCGUCGCCGCCAAGCCCUGCAACCCCACCACAGCCGCCGAGCCCGCAGCCACCGUCGCCAGAGCCUUCACCACCUAGCCCAGGACUGCCGCUGCAGCCACCCAGCCCACAGCCGUCACCGUCGCUGCCGUCGCCGCCAAGCCCUGCAACCCCACCACAGCCGCCGAGCCCGCAGCCACCGUCGCCAGAGCCUUCACCACCUAGCCCAGGACUGCCGCUGCAGCCACCCAGCCCACAGCCAACACCGGCGCUGCCGUCGCCGCCAAGCCCUGCAACCCCACCACAGCCGCCGAGCCCGCAGCCACCGUCGCCAGAGCCUUCACCACCUAGCUCAGGACUGCCGCUGCAGCCACCCAGCCCACAGCCGUCACCGUCGCUGCCGUCGCCGCCAAGCCCUGCAACCCCACCACAGCCGCCGAGCCCGCAGCCACCGUCGCCAGAGCCUUCACCACCUAGCCCAGGACUGCCGCUGCAGCCACCCAGACCACAGCCAACACCGGCGCUGCCGCCGCCGCCAAGCCCUGCAACCCCACCACAGCCGCCGAGCCCGCAGCCACCGUCGCCAGAGCCUUCACCACCUAGCCCAGGACUGCCGCUGCAGCCACCCAGCCCACAGCCGUCACCUUCGCUGCCGUCGCCGCCAAGCCCUGCAACCCCACCACAGCCGCCAAGCCCGCAGCCACCGUCGCCAGCGCCUUCACCACCUAGCUCAGGACUGCCGCUGCAGCCACCCAGCCCACAGCCGUCACCGUCGCUGCCGUCGCCGCCAAGCCCUGCAACCCCACCACAGCCGCCGGGCCCGCAGCCACCGUCGCCAGAGCCUUCACCACCUAGCCCAGGACUGCCGCUGCAGCCACCCAGCCCACAGCCGUCACCGGCGCUGCCGUCGCCGCCAAGCCCUGCAACCCCACCACAGCCGCCGAGCCCGCAGCCACCGUCGCCAGAGCCUUCACCACCUAGCCCCGGCUUGCCAUUUUACCCACCAAGCCCACAGACGUCACUGUCGCUGCCGUCGCCGCCAAGCCCUGCAACCCCACCACAGCCGCCGAGCCCGCAGCCACCGUCGCCAGCGCCUUCACCACCUAGCCCAGGACUGCCGCUGCAGCCACCCAGCCGACAGCCAACACCGUCGCUGCCGUCGCCGCCAAGCCCUGCAACCUCACCACAGCCGCCGAGCCUGCAGCCACCGUCGCCAGAGCCUUCACCACCUAGCCCAGGACAGCCGCUGCAGCCACCCAGCCCACAGCCAUCACCGUCGCCCCCGUCGCCGCCAAGCCCUGCAACCCCACCACAGCCGCCGAGCCCGCAGCCACCGUCGCCAGAGCCUUCACCACCUAGCCCAGGACUGCCGCUGCAGCCACCCAGCCCACAGCCGUCACCGUCGCCGCCGUCGCCGCCAAGCCCUGCAACCCCACCACAGCCGCCGAGCCCGCAGCCACCGUCGCCAGUGCAUUCACCACCUAGCCCAGGCCUGCAGCGCAAGCCAAUAGGCCCGAAACCUUCCCAAUCGGUACCGGGGUCGCCAAGCUCUAUACUUCCACAACAGCCGCCGAGCCCGCUUCCACCAUCGCCUGAGCCUUCCCUACCUAGCCCUGGCUUGCCAUUUUACCCACCUAGCCCACAGACGUCACUGUCGCUGCCGUCGCCGCCAAGCCCUGCAACCCCACCACAGCCGCCGAGCCCGCAGCCACCGUCGCCAGCGCCUUCACCACCUAGCCCAGGACUGCCGCUGCAGCCACCCAGCCGACAGCCAACACCGUCGCUGCCGUCGCCGCCAAGCCCUGCAACCUCACUACAGCCGCCGAGCCUGCAGCCGUUGCCAUCUAAUUUGUCACCACCCAGCCCAGGCCUCCCGCGCAAGCCGAUAGGCCCGAAGCCGUCACAAUACGUACCAGACUCGCCCCAAUUACCACCAAUUAGUCCCCAGCCAUCUCAACCAUUAUCUCCAGGUCACCCACCACCAGCUACACCGCAGCUUCCGAGCCCUGCCGCGCCACCCUCUCCGGUCGCGCAACGUAUGCCGGUGUUCCCCUUCUGCUCCUGCGCGUACAAUCGCAAGCCCACCGAUGUAUCACCAUACGAGCUCGGGCCCGCAGUGGAAAUGCCGGGCAGCUCUGCCGACAACACCACGUACUGCUUCCGAGUCGCCGUGAAGCCGGAGCGGAUCCUAAACAAGCUCCGCAGCCGGCCUUGCGGCUCCAUGGGCAUCCAUAAGGCCCAGUUUCUCAUCAAUCUGAUGUGUGCCACGGAGUACCCGAAGGCCAUUCUCCGAGUCACCCUCAACGGCCAGCGCGUGUCGCCCGUUUACACUGUUGAGCUCUACAACCGUGUGCCGUACGGCGUGCUCACGUUCCGAAAUCUGGGCUUCAAUCUGCCCAAAGUCCAAACGGCUGGUUUCAAUCUCUGCAUGGUAAUGGCCACCUCCAACUCCUGCGGCACGCCUUCGGGCCUGUGUUACGGCAACGGUGGCUGUACAUACGGCCUUUUGGACGAUGCCCUGGAGUGUUGUCCCGUGAAUACGGUUCUCACGCAGCCGCUGAUCGUAACGUAG